CGGAGCCUUUCCCUUACUCAUGAAAAUGGACCAAUGAAUUUAAAUUCCCCCGAGGAAAAAAAAGAAAGAGAAGGUUUAGGGUUUUAUAAAACAAAACGCUUCUCGCUGAUAAACAUUUAAGUGUGAGAAAAACUUCGAAUCCAAUCGCCUUCAGCUUUCAUGUGAUGUGAAGAGACAGUGCAGCGCAAAACGUAAAGACAAUUACAGAGCUCUGCCUCUAUUCCGCACCAUAAUUUUUCAGAUAAAAUAUAAGAAUAAAAAUGGCUGUUUCAGACCAGUUAAAGAAGAAUAGGAAGAAAACGAAAACGAAGAGGCAAAAGAGUGACUCCAAAAAUGAACCGCAAAGGGUUGGUAAACCUGAAGAAAAAGAAUUGCAUGAACAGGCGGUUUAUUCAGCAUCAAAGAAGAACAAAAGGGUGAAGAAACAGAAGAGUGCAACUGUAGACAAUGAUGCAGAGACGAGCAAGCUGAAUGGAGAAGAAUUUCUCGAAGAGGGGGGAGAUUUGGUCUUGAGGAAAAAUAAGAAAUCAAAGAAAUGCAAAGUUGCACCAUUAGAUAAUGACAUGGGGGUUGAUAAACCUAAAGAAAAAGAAUUGCAUGAACAGGCAGCGUAUUUGGCAUCAAAGAAGAACAAAAAGGUUAAACAGAAGACUGCAACAGUAGAUGAUGAUGCGGAGACGAGCAAGCUGAAUGGAGAAGAAUUUCUCGAAGAGGGGGGAGAUUUGGUCUCGAGGAAAAAGAAGAAAUCAAAGAAACAGAAAGCUGCACCAGUAGAUAAUGGCAUAGGUGAGAGAAAUGACAAUACCAUGAAUGGUUUUUUGACCUUGGGGAAAUUGCUCAGAGACAACACAGCAAAUUCAUUAAAGAUGGAAAAGUUAGAAGCAGAAAAAAUGCAUGAAGGGGAGAAGUCUUCGUCAUCAAAGAAAAAGAUGAAAAUAAAGAAAAAGAAAAGUACACCAGUGCAUGAUGACGCGGGGGAGAAGAACACUAAGGGUGCCCCUUUAAAGGGAAUGAAAAAAUGGCUUCUUGAUUACCAUGGGAAGAGACCAGGAUUACAUGUUUUGAUGCGAGAAAUUGAUGAAUUUAUCAUGGAUCAUGAAGAUAGAGUAGAGAAGGAAAGGAAAGAGAGAGAAGCAGCAGCUGCUGCAGAAGGAUGGACGGUAGUUGUUCAUCAAAAGGGAAGGAAGAAAACUGUAGAUGCUGAGAGUGGAAUAGCAGUAGGUUCUGUUGCAGAAGCAGCUGCAAAGGCAAAAAGUGCCAAAAAGAAGUCGAAGGAAACUGAUGUGGCUUUUUAUCGAUUCCAAAUGCGAGAGGCUCGUAGAAAUGAAAUUCUGGAGCUGCAAAAGAAAUUUGAUGAGGAUAGGAAGCGAAUAGUGCAGAUGAGAGCGGCCAGGAAGUUUCGUCCUUACUAAUAAUGUUUGAAGUUUUUUGCACUGUAUUCUAUGUGUACUCCAGAUGUCAUAGUUCAAAACAAAGUUAUAAGCUUCCAUGGAAAGUACCCAAUGAAGUAUAUGUGGUAAGCAAAAGUAAAGCUGCACCAUUCUUUCUUCCUUUUGCAAGGAUUGGGAGAGCGAGAUGUAGAAUUUAUGUAAUUUGGAAAUAAUAAAACUGUGAAAAUUAUGUAAUUGUCAUCUUUCUCCAUGCACUCCCAGUAGGAGAUGUCUGUUCAUGUGGCAUGACUGUUCAUGCGAUAUGAUGUAAAACUUGGUAUCUUGGUUAAUCUAUAAUAAUAUAUAGUUUCUGACUCUA